UAGACAGUGAUGAAGAGUUUGCAAGAGAUUCAUUAGAUGUUGAAGACACACCUCACAAUAAUUUUGUCAAAGACUCCUUAGAUCUCUACAAUCCACACAAUGGAGGUUCAAAGCAAGGAAUUCAUCCUAAUCAAAGUCCAUUGAAGCAGCAGCAAAGAGCUCAACAACCAAAUUCUUAUCAACACCAUCCAAUGGUUGAACCAUGGGAGGAACAGUAUCAGGAUGAUUAUCAACAAGGAUAUCACCAGCACAAUGAUCAAACACCAACACGACAGCCAAGUGUCCAACCAAGAUUUCCUCAACAACAGGAAAGUCAGGAAUCCUAUUAUGCUCAGGGUGAUAUGUACAUGCAACCCAUGCCUCAACAAGCCAAGUCAUAUCAUCAGAUACAAGAAAGUCCAGAUCUUAGAUAUGGUCCUGUCAGUGAGCACCCAUCACAAACACCAGCUUACAGAGUCGGCAUUGCUGGUUAUCAAGAGAAUGAAAAUGAUUAUGACCUACACAGAAACAACCAACAAGGCAUACACCCACCCUCUGAACAAUUCUUUAAAGAUCCCAGGUCAAAGCCCAUGAACAACCAAGACUCAAGAUCAAAUCCUAACAUAAAUCAGUAUCCAAGACAAGAACAUCAAUUUAAUCAAUAUGAUGAAUAUGAAGAUCCCAGAUUACAGAACAUGAAUCAAGAUCCCAGAGCAUAUCCUGUUGUGAACCAAGAUCCGAGAGCGCAUCCUGUUGUGAACCAAGAUCCCAGAUCACAUCACGUUAUGAACCAAGAUCCCAGAUCACAUCAUGUUAUGAACCAAGAUCCUAGAUCACAGCAUGUUAUGAA